AUGGUUUCACCCUCCCUGUUUACCAUGGAGGGACUGCUGGCUUCCUGCCGGCUGCACCUUGCUGCAGCCUCAAAGCGGUUGUUUCUUCCGAAGGCCUGGCGAAAGCGCUGGUUUGUCCUGCGGCGGGGCCGCAUGAGUGGCAACCCUGACGUCUUGGAAUACUAUCGGAACGCACACUCCAGCAAGCCCCUGCGUGUGAUCGACCUGAGGGACUGCACAGUGUACAAGCACGCUGGCCCCGGCUUUGUUCGCAAAGAAUUUCAGAACAAUUUUGUGUUCAUCGUCAAGACUGCUUCUCGUACAUUCUAUCUGGUGGCCAAGACUGAGGAAGAGAUGCAGGUCUGGGUGCAUCGCAUCAGUCAGGUCUGCAACCUCUCCCACCCGGAGGAUGGUGCAGCGGAUUCUGUGGAGCACCUCUCUCACACCCCCUCCUCCCGCCAGCCUUCCUCUGCCAGCUCCCUGCACACUACCCGGGCUGCCAGGUCGUCCUUGCCAAGAGACGACCCAAAUGCUAAUACUUUAGCUGCUGAGGAAACCAGGAGUGAGUCAGAAGUCCUCUUCCUUCCUGACUAUCUGGUUCUGUCCAACUGUGAGACGGGAAGACUGCAUCCGACCAGUCUACCCACGAGAUGUGAUAGCUGGUCAAACUCGGAGCGGUCAUUGGAACCGGCUUCAUAUGAUGAUGUCUUUGUGGACUGUCUGCCGUCGCUCGCCUCCAGUAACUUGCUCGACUCCUCAUGGCACCCGGAUGGGUCUCAGGAGGGGUCUUCUGUGAAGCCUCAGGCUGCCCUGAUCAGGAGCAGAGAAAGCAAUGGGCCACCCAGGGACCACUUGUCAUUUUCACCAUUGCUGAAAACUUCCUCCAAUGCCACCAUGCCGGUGUAUGCAAACCUCGAUUCCUUGUCCUGUGGGCUCAAAGACGUACACAUUACGUCCAAUACCCCACCUCCCCGCCCCCCUAAGCCCAGCCAUCUCUCUGAAUGGCAUCAGCAGGAGCAACUCCUGUGGAGUGGGCAUAGCGGCAUCCAGAACCCAGGAUACUAUCUGGUUCCAAGAAGAAUCUCUCUCUCUGGCUUAGAUAACAUGAGAACCUGGAAAGCUGAUGUAGAAGGCCAAUCCUUAAGACACCGAGACAAGAGGCUUAGUUUAAAUUUGCCAUGCAGGUUCUCUCCAAUGAACCCCACAGCUUCAGCCAGUGCCGAAGAAGAUAGCUAUGUGCCCAUGGGCCCCCUCGCCACUGCCAUGGGCCUUGGACCCCAUGGCAGUUCUGAUGACUACAUCCCAAUGGGCCCAGGAAGCAUCUCAACCCUACUGCCUGAGCUGCCUGUGGACCUGGAGCCUCCUCCAGUGAACAGAGAUCUCAAGCCUCAAAGGAAACCACGGCCACCUCCACUGGACCUGAGAAACCUCUCCACCAUCCGGGAGAAUGCGUCUCUAACCGGGACACUCACUGUGCCUUGCAAUCGAACCAGCUUUCUCUCUCCAGAAAAAAAUGGGAUUAACUCUGCGAGAUUUUUUGCCAAUCCUGUUUCCAGAGAAGAUGAAGAAAGCUGCAUGCAAAUGCAGGAGCAGAGACAAACCAACUCCACAAGCGGUGGUGCUUUUACUUGGACAAAACAAUUCAGCCUGGAUUAUUUAGCUCUUGACUUUAAUUCGGCAUCACCAGCCCCUGCACAAAAGAACGUUUUUCUUUCAGAAGAGCAAAGAGUAGACUACGUCCAGGUGGACAAACAGAAGACGCAAGCUCUCCAGAGCACCAAGCAGGAGUGGGCUGAUGAGAGGCAGUCAAAAGUAUGA